AUGUCCAAACAUCAACUUCUCACCACCAUGUUUGAAAAACUAAGGAUUGGGGAAGAUGAAACCAUAACUGAAUCCUUUGUUCGUGUCCGUGACAUGACAAACAUUUUUUUUGCACUUGAUGAAAAAAUGUCUGAAGAAAAACUAGCACGAAAAAUCCUCAUAUCACUUCCAAGAACGUUUGAAAUGAAAGUUACAACUAUAGAGGAAGUUCAAUACAUCAGUUCGAUCAAAGUGGAUGAACUUAUUGACUUAUUACUAACUUUUCAAAUGGGCAUAAGUGACAUACCUAGAAAUAAAAUCAAGGGAGUUGCUUUCAAAGCAGAUGUGGUAGAAGACAAGAAGAACAUUGAUAGCAACAACUUUAAGAUUAACACUGAUAAAACUGUCAAUGACAAAGAAUAUGUUUAUGCUGAGAAAGAUGACGAGGACAUUUUUAUUAACAAUAAAUGA